CAGAACGAUAGAGAAAAGCGGGUGGGUGUUGAUGGGGGGAGUGUAGGUGUGUAGACAUUACUGUUCAAACGGAUCAGGGAAUUUUAGCGAAGGAGCUGGGAAGGAGAGACCUAACGGAUCAAAAAGUCAGAAACACACGGUCGUCUCGGUCCAACACACCUUGAAGAAGAAAGAAGAAGAAGCUGAGUGUUGAUUAUGGUCCUGAUGGUGGCUCUGAUCUUCAUCCUAUGGCUUUUCAGCACACCAUGUCAAGCCUCUCCCACUGACCCAUGGAGCAGCUGUCCAGUGGACAAAAUGUGUAAGACCAAGUUUGCCAAUGGAGUGUGUGACAAUGAGUGUUCCGGGUCGCAGUGCUUGAGAGAUGGCUUCGACUGUCUCAAAAACAAAGAAUCCUGCAAUUCAGGCUACAUUCUGUACUGCCGUGACCACUAUGACAACAUGCACUGUGAGCAUGGCUGCCACACUGCCCCCUGUGGGUGGGAUGGCUCAGACUGCUAUAAAAACCAGCGUCCCAACUGGGCCAAAGGGGCCCUGGUCCUGCAGACCACCAUCCCCUUCCAGAAAGGUCCCUUCCAGAACAGCUCUUUGCUGUGGGCUCUUAGCAUCCUGCUCCAGACCAGCGUCAAACUGAGGGGAGUGGUUCCUUUCCAGCUCAAUGCUGACCUGUCCAGUCUGGAUGCUCAGCAGUUGAUAGAUCUUCACAGAGAACCACCCACCUACAAGAGCAACGGGUCGCUAUUGUUUCUUCAAGUGGACAACAGGCCGUGCACUCGUCUGCCCUUCACCUGUUUCCCGUACGCAACAGAGGCGGCAGACUUCCUGAACGCUGUGCUGGAGCUGAGCCGAGCCCCGGCCCACGUCAAGUCCGAAAUCCACACCCUCAUCAGCAUACGGGGCAUCGAGAGAGAGAUCGCAGUGACAGAUGCCACCACAGAUCAGCCAGAGACUGAUAAAGGCUCUCCUGCCUGGCUGUGGCCUGUGGUGGGCUUGGCAACGGGCGUAGCUGUGGCGCUGGCCGUGGUUGCCGUGGUAGUGCUGGUGUGGAGGAAGAGGAGAAGAGAGAGGAGAGAGGGAGGACAGAGAGUGCGCCACAGGUCUACUGCUACUGACAACGGCAGUAAAGCCUGGACACAGCAUUCCGCUGACCAGCGCGAGGGCAGGGGCAGGUCAGGGAGAGAGAAGGACAGAAACGGCAUGAAGAAAAAGAAGAAAGGGAAAGAGAUGGGGAAAAGGCGCAGGGAACCACUCGGAGAGGAUGCCAUCCGGAUGCGACCACUUAGGAAGGACCUGGACAUUGGCAGUGACACGGACAUGACCCAGAGCUCCAUGGAGGACAUCAACAGGACAAUCUGUGACCACAGGUCACCAGCCCAGAAACACUACAACAUCAAUCACCAGCAACCGCCCGUGCAAGCACCGCCAAGAAGAUGGGACAGGAACAGCGCACCCACACAACAGCGGAUCCCAAACAACUCAGCCCCAGUGCAGUGGUGCGGUCCUGAUGGCUCUGUGGUGCUGAUCCGUGCUGUGAGGAGUGGACUGGACCGAGUGGUUCUGGAGUUGCUGAGGGCUGGCGUGCCAGUCAACAAUACUGACCACACCGGGAGAUCCGCCCUGCACUGGGCAUGCUCAGUAAAUCACCUCUCAUUGGCUCGGACGCUGAUCCGCUACGGUGCUGCGGUGGAUCUGCAGGAUCACAAGGGUGAGACAGCUCUCUUUCUCUCAGCUCUUCACGGUUGCUACGAGACCGCCAGAUUCCUCCUCCUAAAUGGGGCCAAUCAGGAGCUGACUGACCGCAGAGGGCGAAGGCCCAUAGAUGUGGCCCGGGAGGGAAUGCAUCAUCAGGUGCUUGAGCUCCUAUUGGCCCACAGAGUCCACCACAGUCCGUUUCCUAUGGACCCAGCCACUGAAGUGCUGUGGGAUGACCGUGCUUACCUAUAUUCUCCAUGGGCAGCAUCUCCUCCUUGUCUGCCAGGCAGAAGUGCCUCCUUUUCUGGGGUCAUAGUACCACGAGAGAUGUCUUCACCUCCCCCCAGCGACUGGCAAAUGAGUAGAGGGCAGUGCACCUCACCCCAAAGCUGGCGGCCCACCCCCAACCAGUCGGCCACAGCACUGGUCAGCCCCAGAAUCCUCGGCAGGCCUUCACGACCAAUCAGCACGCUUCAGGAGGUCACUUCAGAAGCGGAAGAAGAAGAAAGGGAAGCAUCACAAGACGUCCCACGGGCCACAACACCCCACUUCCUGUCUCCUCAGCCAGCACCCAGGCAGCGCUCCUUCUCCUGCACUCAGCACGCGCUGCAGCGUCGAUUCAGCGGUAACCAGCCUGAGCAGUCCACCCACAUCCAGCCAGAGAAACAAGCCAAUGAGCAUGUCGAGAUAGUGGUCGUGCCUCAUCCCAAAGCAGGCUCCAGCCAAGCCAAGGGUGAAAGUGCAGUGACGGCAUCCAGCCUGACUCAGACAGACUCUGAGAAAGAUAGCAAGAAGAGCUGUGAGUCAAAAGGCCCAAGUGAGGUGGUCAGUAAUGACCCCAUGUCGGUCCAGACUGUUAUGUGAGACACAGAGAGGGUGGGUCUGUUUGAUUUCAAAAUGUAAAUAUCUGUAUUAAUUGCUAUAAAUACAUAUUGAGGCUAUGAACUCAAAACAGUAACUUAAAGCUGCACUAUGUAAGAUUUGUAGCAUUACUGAAUCAGGAGGACAAAAAAAACUUUUGAAAAAGUUUUUUUCUGAUACUUUUUCAAACCACGAACUUUUCGACAUGCACACAGGCUCAAAAAGAAGGUCCAGCUGGAUGUUAUGUCUCAGAUACAAAAUUAACAGUAUCCUGAUGAAGAUAUGAUGACAAUAGUAGAUAAUUCACUCUCAUCCUCAGAGGACAAGUUAUGACUGUGUUCUCUAUAAGUGUGUAUGCAAUCAUCAGAUUCAUCCACUCAGGGAAGGGGUCCAAAGCACAACACACAUUACAAAAUGUUCUACUGCAUGUUGCAUGCAGUUACACAUUUCCACCAGGGAGGUCUCCAAAUACCCAAAAUUACAUAGUGCAGCUUUAAUUUUUUUCACCAUUUGAAGGCAACAGUUCUUUACACUGUGUGAACGUUUUAUAAUGUAUAAAAUGUACACACAAUGCAAAGCUUGGAAUUACUUGGAAUAAAACAUCUUUACAUUAACAUACAAUAAAGUCAAUAAAGGUCCACCUACAUAAGGCAUGUCAAACUGGGGACCUUUCGGGCCAAAGUGCUGCAGAGAUUAGCAGUUACCCUCAUCUAACACUCUGAAUUCAGUUCAUGAAGGUCUUCCUAAUUAGCUGAUGAGCUGAAACAGGUGUGUUUUAUGAGGCAGUGUACUGAAGUCUGCAGUGUUUUGGCCCACAAGGACUGGAGCUUGACGUAUGAUCUACAUCAUAAGUCCUCUAUAAUGGGGUGGCUGUUAGUCUUGUGGUUGGUGAGGUGAACCAGUGACCAGAAGGUUGCGAGUUCAUAAUCCCAGACGUAGUCGUGUCCUUGGGCAAUGCACCUAAACCCCGACUACCCCAGGUGGCACUGCUCUGCUGCCGAUACUGUGCUGCAUCCAGACUGGGCAUAGUUAGGUAACAAAUUUCCCAUCAAUAAAGUAAAUAACAACAUAUGUGUACAAUUACAGACUGUAGCCCUUCUGAUAAUCAGCUGUUUGACUACCAACUUAUUAAACAGGAAUUGUUUGCGCUCCUGCUUGAUUGGCUCGAUCAGAUGCAUUUGUUGGGUAAGAAAGCAGCAAGAUCCUGGUUGAAAUUAAACUCUGCAUGAAAGUAGAUCUCCAGGGGAAAGGUUGGUGACCAGUUGGCUACUAUCCACAUUUUGGGGACAUCUACAAUGUACAGACCUGAAGGACAAGAAACUGCAAGAUUCUUCGGCGUCAAUGCAUUUUGAGUCACAUCUAAAUAUCUUCCUUACCCCAUGCUGGACAGACAGCUAUAAAGAAAACCCUCCACUGAUUGGUGUUCAUUUGUAUCUCAAGGAAUUUUGGGCACUGUGUCCACAUCGUUAUGGUCCUCACCAAAGCCACAGUUAGGGUGCACAAAGGGAGCGUGCCACAAUGAGAGGGGACACCCUGCAGCUUCACGAUCAUGGGUGCAUGCACAUUUGUGAACUGCAGGACCACGAGGGUGUCACUUUGGCUUAAGAACCUUGUAUUCCCAACACUCAUGUCCAAAUUCCUUUCAUCUGUAACCCCCUACCUGAGCAUCUGACCCACCGACCAAUGUGUGUUCAUACUGCCCUCUAGUGCACAGGUCCAGACCUUGAAUACAGUUUCCAGUCCAGGAUAUUGUAAUCACUGGUAGGUAUGACGCUAGGUGGUCAAUCAGUUACAUCAGUUUAGUUAACUACGAGUAAAUACACCAAAAACUGGAACGUCCUGAAAGUUGCUGCUCUAGUGUUUUAAAAUAUGUCCCAGGUAAACCCAAACAUAAAGUCAUAAGCAAAAGUUUUGGCACUCCUGGUCGAAGUACGUUUUUUGAUUUGCUAAGCGAAAAGUAAACAUUUCGUCCACAGAGAACACACUUCUGCACAUUUUGCUGCACAAUUACUUGUUUAUUUGCUGAAUUUUAACACAUUUGGAAAAACAUACAAUAUGGUAAUGUUUCCAUUAGGUUAAAAUCAGCAAAUAAGUAAAAGCUGUCCACUAAAAUUUGAAAAUAUGCCACAUUUAGGUUUGUUGCCUGUAGAGGAUAUACUUAUUUUUGCUUGGAAAAUUAACAAAACGUAAUUUGACUGCAGUGUCCAAACUCUGGCACGACUGUACAUCGUAUUAUGGCUCGUACAUGCCUAAUCUCCCUGUACACCUGCAAGGUGGAGCUACAAGGGAGAGGAUUCUAACAAAGUGACCAGUGUUGUAUGUAUGAACAUUUCAAAUGUGAACCUAUGCAAGACACCAAUAUGACAGUCCUACAAUACAAAUAAAUGACUAAAUAAAUACACAAACAAAAAAAAGAGUGGAGAACUGUUAUGUGUAUGUUUCACCAACCAGAUAUCUGUAAUAUGCUGAUAAUGCCACUUCGCAUGCAUGGGACAACUUUGUAUACGGUCAUAUGCACAAGUUUGGUUCCCCCUUUCAAACAUUUUGUUUAUUUUCUUAAGUGAAAGGAAGCACACAUGCUCUAUAAUUUAAUAUUUUGGGGGAAAAAUAAUAAAAUUGUGGCCUGUGCAAAAGCUAUGGCACAUUUUAGGUUUUAUUUUUCCAAUAUACGUCAUUUGACCAGGCAUGUUCAAACUUUUGCACACUCUGGAAUGAAAGGCCUUCUCCCAGAGAUACUGAAUGUGUAACACAGACAGUCUUUAUUGUAAAAGAGGUAGAGAAUACAGGUGUUUCACUGUACAGAGAAAGACAGCACUGUUGAUAUACGCAUUCAAACCGUAAAUAAAGACCAAGCAAACACACCCCAUUCAUAUAAUAGAUACACACAGUAAAAAAGAGAAAUACACACACACAAAAAAGAAACAAAACAAAACAAACAAUCUUUGGAUUAUUCUCUAUUGCCCCCUUUACCCAUGCCAAUUCACCUCUAUCUGAGCUUUAAAGAAACAAUAUAGAUUAGAAUAGCAGUGAUAACAAUAACAAUAGUACUAUAGUCAUAAAGAAAGCAGUCUUAAUGCAGUUUAAAAAGUUCCCUCUUCAGAACCCAAAUAUUGCAGUAACAUGUAGUGGAAGUAGUGAAGUGAUGAAAAAUGAACUGAAAACUAAACUGAAAAAAAAAAAAAA